UUUAUAGUGGUGUGUUAGGCGUUCUGUUAUCACUGUUCGCCUGCUGGCUGUGGUACACACUAGCCUUAACUGCGUGUACGAACCAUACAUACCUGGACACUUCUUUGUUAUUACCUGUGUCGGCGAACCUAAACAACAAGCUAUUUAGGAUAUCUUCUCUAUGUUGACGUUUUCAAUGGUGUGUUAAAGGACUAUCUCAAGCGAAAAAACAGUGUUUAGUGCCACAAAGAAGAGGGGAAGUUAAUACACUGGAGACCAUACAGACUGUCUCUAUAUGAUGGGGCCAUCGCCAGGCAUGAAAAGCUGAGAAAUGACGGACUGGGGGCUACUAUAAGGCCGUGACUGAGGGACAAAGGACCAGUCAGCUCUAACACAAGGGCCAACGUACCCCGCCAGCACUCGCCCGUACCGCGCCGCACCGCUAUCAAAUAUCCCCGGUAAGAGGCCCGUAAUGAUAGCUUGUCAGUCGCAGCCGUCAUACCCCGCUUCAGCCUAUUUACCCAGCCGGUAUAUACACACUUCCCUACCCGUGAACUGUCGGCUUCGUCAAGACACUGAACAUUUUUCUACCUGGAUGAAUGAUUACCUAUAGGUCAUAUGCAGUCAUUUUGCUUCGAUAGAAAAAAAAACGAAUAAGAAAAAAUAAACAUAAUUGGAUUUUUUAAAUGUUCUUUCAUCCGUAUGUUUGUAGAGAUUUUCAAUCAUCUAACGCAGUCUUAUAGUGUUGAGCGUAUUUCAUAUCACAAUGCAAGUGUUGCCAGUCUGUUUGACAUGAUUUAUCGCGAGCAUACAACGAGUGUCUCACAUCUAACUGGCCAAGAGAGCAAUUUAGCUGGAUAAUAUUUUUGACUGGAGAGAUAAUUAUAGGCUUGUGUACGAUCGGCCGUUAUUGACAAUGGGGCCUAUGUAGACUCGUCACAACUCGGUAUUUCUUCAUUGUUAGGCGAACGGUCGAGGUCCUCAUAUCGCAAAUACACUGCCAAGCAACACAGGAAAAGCCAACGGAGUAUAGAGACGAAAGUUUUCGUUAUACUUCUGGUUGCUACGAAGCUCGGACAAGUCCAUUAUAUAUACAAUGAACGAUAGCGAGGGAUAGUUAAGACUUUGUUUAGAAGAACCGCUGACAUCCAAGGGAAGAGAGCGAGAUUGUGUUAAAAAGCCCCGAGAAAAGGAGAUAAGUGAAGUGAACGUACAUCGGUCGCCUAAAAGGAAUUCUCGUAAACAGUUAAGCCAGACGUUGGCGUUCAUAAGUAAACAGAGUGUGUGAAGCGCUGCUGAUAGCGAGGUCUACCCGGUACGUACCCGAUCGUCCGGAAUAAUGACGGGUCGUCCGUGGCUUACCUGUCAGCCUUCAUAACAUUUAAAUGGAUAUUGUUCUUGCCACGACAAACACCAUAUCAUGGUCAAUUACUCCGGAACAACGACGCCAUUUUAGGCCGCUUGCACAGUUCAGGAAUCAUACUAUCGCAAGCCUAUAAGGUAAUUCGAUGGCGGAACAAAUGAAUAGUUCAUGAACAAUUGUUACUCUGAGCUUCUUUAUACGACUUCCCUAGCAUUUUUUGUAUUGGUUUUUAUCGGACUAGUAUUAAGUACAAGACUUGGUGCCGAACACUGACAGGAGUGGUGUAUAGCGCUUAUGGUUUGGAUGUCCAGUCGAUGACAGACCGCCAACAUAUUCGGACUGUGAUACCAGUCAUGUCUGACAAUAUGUUUGAGUUUAGGGAGGUACGAGAGCCUCUUCGAACCAACUGUAGUCAUGUUCCCAACUCAUGGUACUUCAAAGGACAUGUGCAUACGGCUUCCCUAGCAGUGUGUACGGUACUUAUUAUUUUUGUGCUCAUACUUGGAUGUGUAGGUAAUGGAAUCGUUCUUCUUUCUGCUCUAAAAUGGAAGAAGUUACGGACGAACUUUGAUGUAUUGGUGCUUAAUUUAGCAGGAGCAGAUUUCCUAACAUGCACGUGUCUAGCUCCGAUAUUUAUGUUCCUCUUGUAUUCGGACCCGCCAACUCCCGUAACGUUCUGCGGGAGUAUCCUGUUUAUGGGCACUGUCAGUGGGAUGCUGUCUCUUUUGACCUUGGUAGCCAUUGCCCUCCAUCGUCUGUCCCGUGUGAUAGGACGAGCAAGAGGCUCAUUAACGUUAAAACGUACAGGGAUAAUUCUAGGGAUGAUCUGGAUUGUGAGCCUGUCGGUGUCCCUAGGCGGGACCAUUCACGUGACACUGGACUGGAAUGGACAAUUAGGAACGUGCCAACCUAUUAUCAACAGCCCAAAUCGCUUUCAACAAAAUUUUGUCUUAUUCUUUUUAGCACCAGUGGUAAUAGUGAGUUUCUCAGUUAUUACUCUCUCGUACUUUGUUAUCUGUUGGACAGUACAGAAACAGGGAAGGUUUAGUCCUGAGAGUGGGUCAACCCCGAGAUUCCCCGGAGAUACUCACGACAGCCAAACCUCGGAAUUCCUCAGGGACAGUCCACAAAAGGCCUGUAGCCCCGUUCCCCGCCAUUGUUGUACGUGUCCCAGCCAACGCUUUGUGAACAAGGACAACAAGGCACUGACAAUGUGUCUGGUGGUCAUCUUUACAAUCGGACUCUGCUGGGGACCGUUGAUUACUUCACAGUUUGUCGAAAUCAUCACAGGAGAGUCCAUUAUUCUCUAUCAAGUGAAAUUAUGUGGAAUCGCUUUAGUGUUUCUCAAUAGUGCCCUUAACCCUUAUAUCUACGCCCAACAUAUUGGUCAAAUGAAGCACAGGUACAGCAGAUGCUUCAAUAGUCUAGUCACGUGCAAAUCAGUCAGUCAGCGAGGGGUUUCAAGACUACCUCGUGGUGGGCAAUUAGGAGUGGACAUAUCUAAUAUGAAACGGACUAAGUCCGGUCGUGGUGGCGGUGGCGGGGGUUCCACGGAAAAUACUAAAACCGCCGCCUUAGUGCCUAGUGGCAACAUUAAAAAACUUAUUGAAAAGUGUGUUUCAACGUCAACCCCCACCGUGAUUCAGAGCAAUGUAUACCGAAACAAUCUGCUCCUUCAUACCAACAAAUGCAAACACCACACCCUCUGUCCCCGGGUGACGGGCUGUGGUACGUACUUUGUGGACGAGGGUUCAAGGGGUGUGGUCAACGGCUCGUGCAGCCAAACAACAUCCAAGGAAAGUCAGAGUUUAAUGGAGGAUCAAUGAUACCAGCAUUAUAAUGACUGGGGUUGUGACGUCAUAAAUAGCCGAGUUCAAAGUUUAAUGUGUUGCUACAAAGUGUCUAUAGUACGAAAGUAACUGUUUGGUGACCUUACUUUCGUAUUACAUAGAGUUCGUGUUGACCUUUGUGACCGAAUGUGAAUGUUUUAUUGUGUAAUAGAAUCUUAACAUGAAGGUUGUCUUGUGACACAAUGGAUUGUGUGCUUACAUUAAUGACGUAUUGAUGUAGGUAAUGUAUGAAAUAUUUAUGGAACGUACUAAAUGUUUAUAUUUACCACACGUUAACGUGUGGUGGUGAAUAUAGGCGUUUAUCUUCUGUUCGCACGUUCGAUGUGUCAUUUAUAUGUGUUAGACGGAUUUUUUGCAAUAUAUGUGUGGAUAGGUGUGUGGAUAGGUGUUGAUGGGUAUUUUGUGGAUGGCUGCGAUAAUGUCGCCUGAUUGGAAUAUUACACAAUAUCUAAUCAAAUCUGCCAUAUUUUCAUUUUCUUUAACGCGACACAGUAUUACAACCCGAUGUGAAUAACUUAAAUCAAAACAGAUCGUUCCAAAAACAGGCAAAACUGAUUAUUACAAAAUCGUUGAAAUAUUUCCCAUCGAGAUCAUUACAUUCUGAAAUAACAAGAAGAGGGAAUCUCUUAUAUACUUCACAGUUAAUAUUAUAGACAGUUUAUUCCAAUGCAUGUGGUUAAAUUUCAAUUACUUUUCCUGUGUUUGAUUGGGUAUUAGAAUGUCGGGAAGCGAUGUGAACAGUUUAUAGCCGGUAUAGGUGUGCACUGCAGCGGUAUAAACGAUCUUAACGGAGGCUUUCAUAGACAUAUUUCAGCCUCCUCAAUGGAGAGUCCCCUUUGUGUGGUGUAAUUCACCAUACACAUUUGCACCAUCGCCGUCCAUUAAAAAUCACUUAUUUUUAAAAUUGAACGAUUCAAACAAUUUCAUGUUUUGAAUAUUAUAUUAGAUAAACAGAUCUUUUGGCUUUUCAAAUUCAUGUAGUUAUGUACAAUAUUUUAGAUACAUAUAUUUCUUUACCAGAGGAGAUCAUAUUUAGCAAAGCAAUUGAAGCAAAAUAUGUCUUUCUUGUAGAUUUUUUUCCGAACAAAUGGUCGUCGGAGAAAAAUGAUUGAAAACAUAUUUUGAAUUCUCCAGGCAGCGCUUAAUUUUAAUCGGCACUGUUUUGAAUAUACGGCAAAUGAACAAACAUGUUUGUACAAGGUACUGUGUUGUGUUUGGUGUCGCUUAUAAAAGGGACGAAGGCUGUGCAUAUGACCCUGCAUUAAUUACCGCCACAGAUAGCCAGUCAAUAUUUGGGUAGUACUACGUUGUCCCGGGUAUAGCUCUCAGACUCAAUUCACCUCCCCCUCCACACUUACAGGCGCUUUAAUGUCUUUGUUUGUCUUUAAGAUGAAUAUAUGAAUAUUAAUGGGAACGGUGGACAGGUUACAUCCUUCAGUACAAACAGAAAAUGAGUGGUUGGUUCUGUAGAGCUUGGUUGACGCCGUAAUAUAACUCAUAAGGUUAAAAUGAUUUCUCGUUCGCCCUUAGGAUUACUACAUGGGGGAAAUAGCACUUUACCAGAUCUUAUGUCGGCGCGUUACUGCGUGUCCACAUAACAGAAGUACAGAUCCAAGGUUGCUAUAGAUUUGUAGUGUUACUUUACUAAAACUAAUCGCUGCUGCGUUGCUUUGGUUAAUAAAUCGUAUAGCGAAAUCUGCAAAAAUACCGUUACUGCGAAAAUAGCCACACCUACAGUAAAUCUGAGAUUAUUUCGUUGAUAUAUAUAUCUGUUGUGUGAGAGUAUUAAAUUGCUAUUGUAUCUUAUUCAGAGUGUGAAAAAUACAUGUAUGUCUUAUAUAAUAACAAGUAUAAGAGAGUAUUGAGUUGAUGUAUAUCUGAUGUCAGAUAGUAUUAAUUUGAUAUUUGUCUGAUGUCAGUAUUAUCAAUUUGAUAUUUGUCUGAUGUCAAAGGGUAUUAAGUUGAUAUUUGUCUGGUGUCAGAGGGUAUUAAGUUGAUAUGUGUCUGAUGUCAGAGGGUAUUAAGUUGAUAUUUGUCUGAUGUCAGAGGCUAUCAAGUUGAUAUUUUCUGAUUUCAGAGGUUAUUAAGUUGAUAUUUGUCUGAUGUCAGUAUUAUUAAUUUGAUAUUUGUCUGAUGUCAGUAUUAUCAAUUUGAUAUUUGUCUGAUGUCAGAUAGUAUUAAGUUGAUAUUUGUUUGAUGUCAGAGGGUAUUAAGUUGAUAUUUGUCUGAUGUCAGAUAGUAUUAAGUUGAUAUUUGUCUGAUGUCAGAGGGUAUUAAGUUGAUAUGUGUCUGAUGUCAGAUAGUAUUAAGUUGAUAUUUGUCUGAUGUCACUAUUAUUUAUUUGAUAUAUGUCUGAUGUCAGAGGGUAUUAAGUUGAUAUUUGUCUGAUGUCAGAGGCUAUCAAGUUGAUAUUUGUCUGAUUUCAGAGGUUAUUAAGUUGAUAUUUGUCUGAUGUCAGUAUUAUUAAUUUGAUAUUUGUCUGAUGUCAGUAUUAUCAAUUUGAUAUUUGUCUGAUGUCAGAUAGUAUUUAAGUUGAUAUUCGUCUGCUGACAGUAAUAUUGUUUUAUUAUAUUUCUGAUGUCAGAGAGUUUUAAGUUGAUAUUUGUCUGAUGUCCGAGGGUAUUAAUUUAAUAUGUGUCUGAUAUCAGAGAGCUUUAAGUCGAUAUUUGUCUGAUGUCAGUAUUAUUAAGAAAGUAUUAAAUUGAUGUAAGAGCGGGAGCGAGUACUACAUGUAUAUGUUUGAGGUCAAUGUUAAUAUGUGCUUGAUGUCAAAGAGUAAUAAGUCGGAUAUCAGAAAGUGUGAUGUUGAGAAAUGUUGAUGUCAGAGAGUAUUGAGUUGAGAAUUUAAACGACCUAAACUAUUUACAGAGCAAAUUGGUGCAAGAACACGUUGUGUAAUAGAGAUUUUUGUGUUCAUUUCAAAAGAUAAAAAAAUAAAUCUUAAUAAUA